AUGGAUAAGAGCCGAAAGCAUGCGAGUCCACCGAAUACUCCACCAUCCGCACCUGCAACAGCACCAACUGCGCUCUUCACGGGAGGCAACGUGGGAACUGAAACUGAGUCCAUCUCUUCCCAUUUCGAACCUACCACAUAUGGUCAGGCUGUUUCACUCCCGGAGUGGCGAGAUGCUAUGUUUGCUGAAUUGCAGUCUCUUGUGAGUAAUAGCACGUCGUCCUCCACUACUUUGCCUCCAGGCGUUGGUUUAGCCGUGUUCUUGUCAUGUCUUUCCAUGCAACUCUUUCUCUUCACUUCAGCCUUCUCAAAACUUGGAGGAAACGACAAAGACAGGCUCGCCUUGCUUGAAUUCAAGGCAAAAGUGACGGAUCCUCUCGGAGUUCUGAAUUCUUGGAAUGACUCUCAACAUUUCUGCGAGUGGCAAGGCGUCGUAUGUAGCAGUCGACACCGGAGGGUCACUAUACUCGACAUCCAGUCUAGCGGGCUUGGGGGUAAGCUAUCUCCUCAUAUUGGAAACUUGAGUUUUCUGAGGAUAUUAAACCUUAAUAACAAUAGCUUCAGCCAGGAAAUCCCAGAAGAAAUAGGUCGUUUGUUUCGGAUUCGAUCCUUAAUCCUCGAUUUCAAUUCUUUUAUUGGCAAGAUUCCUCUAAACAUUUCGAGUUGCUCUAAACUCAAGCACCUUUUUAUACAAGAGAACAAUCUUACUGGAGAAAUUCCUGAAGGUGUGGGCUCAUUAUCCCAUCUUAAGAGCCUUGCUUUCCCCUUAAACAAUUUAAAUGGUGAAAUUCCUAGCUCAAUUGCAAAUCUUUCCAAUUCUCUUGAGUUUUUAAAUGUUGACUCAAACAAUCUGCAUGGAAGUAUUCCAAGUAGCUUUGAUCAACUGAAAAGAUUGAGUUAUCUUUCAGUAGGUGACAAUAAGUUGACCGGUACAAUCCCUCCCUCAAUAUUCAAUCUCUCUUUAAUCCGAUUCUUUUCUGUUGAAACAAAUAGACUUGAAGGAAACCUUCCUCCCAAGUUGGGCCACUUAUUACUUCCAAACCUCGAAACCGUUUACUUCCAUACGAACCGAUUCACCGGGCCAGUUCCGAGUAUCUCCAAUGCCUCGAAGCUCAUUAACUUUCAAAUCUUGUCCAAUCAAUUUACAGGAAAACUUCCUGAUUUUUCUGGCUUGCCCAGUUUGAAGAUUCUUCUAUUGCAAGAAAAUAAUCUUGGAUAUGGCGAGGAUGAUGACUUGAAGUUUCUCUCUUCUCUUGUCAAUUUGACUAAUUUGGAGCAGUUAGCCAUUAGCCAAAACAACUUGGGAGGAGUGUUGCCUGAAUGUAUAGGCAACUUCUCAGCGAAGUUAUGGUUACUUAUGUUGGGAAGCAAUGCGAUUAAAGGAAGCAUUCCCACGGGGAUCGGAAAUCUUGUCAACUUACAGGGAUUGGGUAUUGAAGACAAUCAAGUAAUCGGUCAUAUACCAAGCUCAAUAGGUAAAUUGCAAACGUUGUACGAGCUUGAUUUACAAAGUAAUAACAUAGCAGGUACCAUUCCUUCUUCUUUUGGGAAUUUAACAUCAUUGAACGUGUUAGGGUUGAGAUCGAACAACCUACAAGGAAGCUUACCAUUAAAUCUUGGAGAAUGUAAGAAUUUGCGGGAAUUGGAUGUUUCUCAAAACAAUCUUAAUGGUACCAUUCCAAAAGAGGUGCUUGGUUUUCCAUCCAUCACACUUUUAGCUUUACAUCAUAACUAUUUUACUGGUCAUAUUCCUGAAACACUCGGUACCUGUAUAAGCUUGGAAUCCUUGUAUUUACAUGAAAACUUAUUCCAAGGGAACAUUCCUCAGUCCCUUAAAUCUUUGAUAGCAAUUGAAGAAAUUUACCUCUCUCACAAUAACUUGUCUGGAAAAAUUCCAACCUUCUUGGAGGGUUUUCGGUACUUGCAAAUACUAAAUUUGUCAUUUAACAACUUUGAUGGUGAGAUCCCUACCCAAGGAAUCUUCAAAAAUGCAAGUGCCAUCUCCAUCAUAGGAAAUACAAAGCUUUGUGGAGGUAUACCUCAGUUAAGUUUUCCCAAAUGCCCUGCCAUUAAGAAGAACAAAAAAACUCGUAAGCCGAAGAUCAUAAUUGUCUCAGCUGUGUGUGGAGUUGUUGCCCUCAUGCUUGUAUCUCUGUUUACAAUGCUUACUUGCUCGACAACGAAAAGAAAUGCCAAGUCAAUUUUCGCAACUCGGUUUGGGAUUUCUUUCUUGGAAGUAUCAUAUCGAGAUCUUCUUAAAGCGACUGAUGAGUUUUCUUCAGCAAAUUUGAUUGGUACCGGAAGUUUUGGGUCCGUAUACAAGGGAACGUUGAAUCAAGAAAAUAGAUUGAUUGUUGCUGUGAAAGUCUUAAACCUUCAAACUGCAGGAGCAAUAAAAAGUUUUAUAGCAGAAUGCAAAGUCCUGAAGAGUAUUAAGCACCGAAAUCUAGUCAAACUUCUCACAGCAUGUUCAAGCACUGAUUUUCAAGGGAAUGAUUUCAAAGCUCUGGUGUAUGAGCUAAUGAUCAACGGGAGUCUAGAGGAGUGGUUGCAUCCUCGUCAAGGGUUGAAUUCGGAAGAAGAGAGACAUUUGAGUCUUAUCCAACGAAUAAACAUUGCUAUUGAUGUGGCGAAUGCUCUGGAUUACCUGCACAAUCACUGCCAUGUUCCAAUAGUUCACUCGGACUUAAAACCAAGCAACAUUCUCUUGGAUGACGACAUGACUGCUCAUGUUGGAGAUUUCGGAUUGGCAAGGUUCCUCGGCAAUCCUUCUCUUCCAUUUUCUUCAUUUCAAAGCAGCUCCAUUGGAAUAAGAGGUUCCAUCGGCUACACUGCCCCAGAGUACGCAAUGGGUGCCGACCUAUCAAAAGAAGGGGACGUAUAUAGCUUCGGAAUCCUUUUGUUGGAGACGUUUACAAGAAAGCGACCAACACAUGAAAUGUUCAAAGAUGAUUCAACUCUCCAUAAUUUUGUAAAGACGUCAUUGCCAGAAAGACUUGUUCAAGUAGUGGACAGAGCUCUUCUCAUCGGAAUCGAUCAAGCGGAACACAGAACAUCGACGAGAGAAGUUAGUGCAUUGAGAUUGAUGAGUAUGCCAAAUUCUCAGAUGAUCAUGCCAAAUUCUCAGAUGAUCAUGAACACUAAUACGGGGAAAUGCUUACAUUCAAUCCUCAAGAUUGGAAUUUCUUGUUCAGAAGAGACACCGAAAGAGAGGAUGAACAUGGGAGAUGUCGUCAAGGAUCUAAUACAUGUCAAAAGUGCCUAUUUGGGUGCUGAAAUCCGUAAUAAUCGGCGGCCAGGAACUAGCUGAGUAAUAGGUUAAG